AGGAGGGGGAGGGGGAGGGAGAAAGAAAGAAUUGAAACAUAGUUUUGCAGGGUAAAAGUUAAAAACUAUGUACAGACUUUUUAAAUAAAAAGCUAACAACUCAGGGGCUCGGUGAUUAGAUUAGAAGUGAUGAGUUUAUCCUGGGAGGGGCAUCUGAGCCGUGGAAAGGAGGCAGGCCCGAACAAGUCCUCCAGAGGACCAAACACAAAGACGGGGCGGCCUUGCCUUGGGGGGCUAGCCCCACCUUCAAUCCCUGGGCCUGACGCUUGUCCAUCCCGUGGGACAAAAGGACUUCCCGCAGGGCCCGGACUGCCAUCUUUGGGAUGAGGAGCCUCGGGGCUCACCUUCCUUGGCAAAACUCCCCAGAGGCCCUGCCGGCCUUCCUCCUCCGGGCCCAGGCCUGAGCCUCCACCCUCAUCAAUGCCCCACUUACUCAGCCCACUUAUAAUGAAGGCCCCGCCUUAGCAGCUGGGGAGGAUGACCCCGGCUGGGGAGCUGGUUGUGGGUGGCGGCCAGCUGUUGACUCCGACCAUGAGAGCGUGGAGCCCCCCCACUGGGGCUGCCCCUGAGCCCUCUCUCCGGAGGCCUUACCUACCCUGCGUCCCGGCCCCAGUCUACCGGGGCUGGGGCUCCCACAGCACCGUGGCCAUCCCUCGGGCGCUCCCCGCAUCCCAGAGCGGGUCCGGGAGCCCAGGGGAGCGGCCGGGACCGCCGCCACAGACACCCGCCGCCGAUGCUGCGGCGACCCGGCCCGGAGCCGGCCCUGGAGCCCCGGAGGUAGUCGACAGCAACCCCGAGGGCGGAGCGACUCCGGAGGCGGAGGCCGGGCCCGAAGGCGAAGCGGAGGCCGGGCCCGAAGGCGAAGCGGAGGCCGGGCCCGAAGGCGAAGCGGAGGCCAGGGCCGAAGGCGAAGACGAGGCCGGGCCUGAGGCCAGCCUGCAGUCGCCACUUCGGUGGACGUCGGGGCGACCGUGGCCCGGGCCGAAGCUGCGCCGGAGCAGGACCGUUUUCUCCAUCUGGCAAGUCAGCACGUUGGAGAGGGUUUUCCAGAAAACUCCGUACCCCUCCUUCGAGGACACGGCCGCACUGGCGCAGGAGCUGAGAAUCACCGAGGCCCAGGUCAAGAUCUGGUUCCAGAACAGAAGGAAGAAGCUUAAGAGACAACUCCAAGAACAAGCACAAUUCCUUGCUCCAACUCGCUCAAACCCUUUCUGGACUAUAGUUGACCCUGGGGAGAGACUGCAGCCUGACUAUCACACUUGUCCUUUUCUAUGUGAGCAGAACUCUGUCCUCCCGCCCACUUGCAUCCCUGGCUUUAACCAUUCUCUCUAUGCUUCUCGAGAUCUUCAGGCUCUGGGAUUGCAAAUGCCUUAUUACCAUCCAAAUUUCUAAAGAAGGUCUUUGGGAUGAUUUUAUAAGGUGUGUUGGUCUCUCUAAAGAGGGCCGGGGUCAUAACUGAGUUCCAUCAUUUUACUGUUGUGGAAACUGAGGCCCAGGGAGGUUGACAUCCAACAAAGAAUUUUGUGUGACCAUGUGACUAUGAGAGAGUCACUAUCACUGGGCUAAACAAUUUAUAGCAUAUGACUGUAAUGAAAUAUUAUUGUACCAUAAAAGAGCAAAAGGGACAGUUUGGGGAAAAUUUGGGAAAACUGGUAUGAAUCGAUUCCAAAUGAGCUGAGCAAAAAUGAAACAAUUUAUACAAUAACAACACAAUUGUAAAGACAAAUAACUUUGAAAGACCUAAGACCUGUACUCAAUACGAUGACUAACAAAGACCCCAGAGCUCUGCUGAUGAAAUAUUCUGCCCACCUUCUAAAAGAAUGAGAUAAUUGUUUUUUUUUUUUUUCCCUCAACUGGGGAAGGAAAAGAAAGAAAGAAUUUAGAGAUUGGGUUCCUCCCCUCCCCAAAAGAAAAAGAUGACAUAAACAGGAUAAUUUAGAAAGGUACAUGUGGAAUUCAGUUUCCUUUUCUUCUUAAGUUCAGAAUUAUAAAAUCUAGAAGAACAUAAGCAUUGAUGUGAGCUGGGCCCUGGGCAGACAAUGAAGAUAAAAAAGUAAACAAUGAAAAAAACCCUACCGUUAAGGAGCUCAUCCUCUACCUGUACACACCUGGUGUUAAAUUUCCAAAUCAUUUUAUUUAUUAAAAUUAAAAGAAUUUUUAAA